AUGCAGAUUCCUAAAAACCACCUGGAAAUGACAUUUGAGUGCCAGAAUUUAGGGAAGCUGACGACCGUUCAGAUUGGUCAUGACAACUCAGGGCUACUAGCCAAGUGGCUGGUUGAUUGUGUCAUGGUCAGAAAUGAAAUAACAGGACACACGUACAAGUUUCCCUGUGGGCGAUGGCUGGGAAAGGGCGUUGACGACGGCAGUUUGGAGCGAAUACUCAUUGGAGAGCUGGUGUCCUCCACAUCUGACGAAGAGCUGGGAAAGCAGUGCCGUACCCCACCCCAGCAGAAGUCUCCUACCACAGCUCGACGACUGAGCAUCACAUCCCUCACAGGGAAGAAUACCAAGCCUAACGCGGGACAGAUCCAAGAGGGAAUCGGGGAAGCCGUGAACAAUAUUGUGAAACACUUUCACAAGCCAGAGAAGGAGAGAGGGAGCCUUACCAUUCUCUUGUGUGGAGAAAACGGUCUGGUCGCAGCGCUGGAGCAGGUCUUCCACCAUGGAUUCAAAUCGGCUCGCAUUUUUCAUAAGAAUGUCUUCAUCUGGGAUUUCAUAGAAAAAGCUGUUGCUUAUUUUGAAACGAGUGACCAGAUUGGAGACAAUGAGGAGGCCCUUUUGCUUCAGAGAUCUUCGUGCAAAACCUUCUGUCAUUAUGUGAAUGCCAUCAAUACAGCUCCAAGGAACAUUGGAAAGGAUGGCAAAUUCCAAAUUCUGGUUUGCCUGGGGACAAGGGACCACUUGCUCUCUCAGUGGAUCCCGUUGCUGGCCGAGUGCCCACCCAUUACAAGGAUGUAUGAGGAGAACGCUCUCCUACGGGAUCGCAUGACUGUCAACUCCCUUAUCCGAGUCCUACAGACAUUGCAAGAUUUCAACAUCAUCCUAGAAGGAUCGCUCAUUAAAGGAGUAGAUGUUUAGCAUGGCUUUGCCGAGAACUUCGUUAUUCCUUUCCCGAGCAAGCAAACCACAAUUGGAGACCUGUCAGGACUUGAACGCGAUGGUAGUGCACCACUGUAAGGCCCAGCUGCCAGCUGAAGCGGGAGUGGGAAGUCCAGUUUGUGCCCGAUGGGGACUGUCCUCUAACGCUGCAGAAAGCUAAGAUGCAGUAUUGUAGUUUAUUUGAAACAGAAAUUUAGUAUAAAAUAGAGUAUUUUCAUGUGUUAGAUGUGUGUAAAUAUGCUAUCUUCUUUAAGAAAUUAUAUGACUCUAAGAAAUUUUUCUUAGACUUGAAUGUUCUUGUUCUGACUAUGAGUAGCUUAAACCCAGGGGAAGGACUUGGGGGGAGGGAAGGGCCAAGAUGGGAAGGGAUGCCGCUACUUGCUUGCAAGGAAGAAGCCAAUCAACGUGUAAAUACAGCGCAAACUCAGCAGGGCUUUUUUCAGGUAUUGCAAAUUAAUACAGCAAAUAUCCUUAUGUAGCCAUUGUGAUUGUCUCACUCUUGGAAAUGUUGUAGGCAGAUGCUGUGU